UAAACUAACCAUCACUAAUGGAGAACACAGUUGCAGAGCUUGUGUUCAUCCCUGCACCCGCGGUUGGUCAUAUAAUGUCAACCGUCGAGAUGGCAAAGGUACUCGUGAAAUGUGAUCAAAGACUCUUAGUAACCGUUCUUCUUAUGAACCCUCCUUUCUCCAUCUUGGCUCUCACCACCUACAUCGAAUCAUUGGCUAAAAACACUCGAGAACGCAUACGAUUUGUUCAAGUCCCUCAACAGCAAACACCAUCAAAGCUCGACCCCAAAGCCCCGUUUACUUCCUUCACUGAAUUCAUCAACAGUCAUUGCAAAUCCGUUAGAAAUAUAUUGAAGGACAUGAUAGACCAAACUGGUUCCAGUAUGGUGGUUGGGUUGGUUGUUGACAUAUCAUGCACAGGCAUGAUAGAUGUGGCUAAUGAAUUUAAUCUUCCCACAUAUGUGUACUUCACUUCUAAUGCUGCUUUUCUUGGCUUUAAGUUGCAUUUUGAGACACUAUAUGUGGAUCAGAACCAAGAUCUUAUUGAGCUGGCUAACUCGGAAGCUGAGAUAGUUAUUCCGAGUUUUGUUAAUCCGAUACCUAUGAAGGUUUUUCCAGAUUCGUAUCAGAAACAAGAUGGGUUGGAUUUUCUGAUAUGUGCUAUUGGGAGAAUGAGAAAGGCUAAAGGGAUCAUGGUUAACACGUUCUUGGAGUUGGAAACACACGCAGUGAAGUCGUUUUCUGGCAUAAAUUUCCCUCCAGUGUAUCCGGUAGGACCCGUACUCAAUCUAGACGGUCUAACCGGAAUAGCGAAUGAGAGUGAUGUAUUUAGUUGGUUGGAUAGUCAACCGCCAUCCUCGGUAGUGUUGUUAUGUUUUGGGAGUACGGGUGGUUUUGACGAGGCCCAAGUGAAGGAGAUAGCACGUGGUUUGGAACAAAGUGGUCAUCGAUUUGUGUGGUCACUACGCCGACUGCCUCCACCCGAGCAAUCAUUCCAAGUGCUCCCUGACGAUUAUGAUGACCCACGAGUGGUGUUGCCAGAUGGGUUCCUGGAGCGCACCUCGCGAAUAGGGAGGGUGAUCGGAUGGGCCCCACAGGUGUCGUUGUUGGCACAUGAAGCAGUGGGAGGAUUUGUGUCCCACUGCGGGUGGAACUCGAUGUUAGAAAGCUUGUGGUUCGGUGUACCUACGGCUACAUUGCCUAUGUAUUGGGAGCAACAGAUGAAUGCAUUUGAAAUGGUAGUGGAGUUGGGAUUGGCAAUUGACUUGAAACUUGAUUACAAGAUGAAUGUGCUCAAUUCGGAGGGCAACGUGGUCAUUGUGACAGCAGAGGAGAUCGAGAGAGGAAUAAGUCAACUAAUGGAGAAUAAAGAGGUCAGGGCAAAAGUUAAAGAGAUGAGCAAAAUGAGCAGGGCAACGGUGGCUAAGGGCGGUUCAUCAUAUUCUUCCGUUGGUUACAUUCUUAAAGAAAUCAUGACUAAUAUCAUAUGAGUUUUCUAUAAGAUUAAAUAUAUUAUUGUAGUAUUUAA